AUGUUUGAUGCUAGUGGUACUGCUCUAGGAGUUGUAUUGGGGCAUAAGAGAAACAAGAUGUUCCAUAUGUUUUACUAUGCUAGUAAGUCACCGAAUAGAGCGCAACGAAAUGACACGGUCACGGAACAUGAACUACUAGUUGUAGUGUACGCCUUUGAGAUGUUCAGAGCAUACUUGCUAGGCACAAAAGUGAUAAUUCAUACAGAUCAUGCAGUUCUAAGAUACCUCAUGGCAAAUAAAGAUGCCAAGCCAAGGUUGAUCAGAUGGGUGUUGCUUCUCCAGGAGUUUGAUUUUGAAGUUAGAGAUAUGAGAGGUUGUGAGAACCAAGUAGAUGAUCACCUGUCUAGGUUAGAGGCUGAAAAGAACAAAGUGUUGGAGCUUGAAAUAAAUAAUGCAUUUUCGGAUGAGAAGGUAUUAGCCACAACUCUUGACCUUAUUCAUUGGUUUGCUGAUUAUGCUAAUUUUCUUGUUAGUGAUUUGAUGCCUGAAGGACUAACAUUUCAGCAGAUGAAAAGGUUCAUGCACGAUGUAGGUAUGUAUUUUUUGGAUGAACCCUAUUUGUACAGGAUUUGUGUUGAUAACAUCAUCAGGCGGUGCAUCCUUGAAGCUGAGAUGCUACAUAUUUUGGAAGCUUGCCACUCAUCUCCAGUAGGUGGCCAUCAUGGCGGUGCUUGGACAGACCACAAGAUACUUCAGUUGGACUAUGUGUCCAAAUGGGUUGAGGACGCUUUGCCUGAGAAUGAUGGCAAAAGUGUAGCUGGUUUCCUAAAGAAGAAUAUAUUCUCAAGGUUUGGCACACCCAGAGCUAUUAUCAGUGAUGGAGGUUCUCACUUCUGCAACAAGGUAUUCAGUGCGCUUCUGACCAAGUAUGGGGUUAAACAGCACAAGUUUGCAAUGCUUUAUCACCUACAGACCAAUGGACAAGUAGAGGUAUCCAACAGGGAAAUCAAGGUGAUCCUGGCUAAAAUUAUGAAUGCCAACAGGACAGAUUGGACAUGA